UCCGACCGGCCGACAUGGCGGCAGCGGCGGCGGAGGCGGCGGCGUUGGCGCGGCUCGCGGCGGCCUUCCUCCUCCUCGCGGCCCAGGUGGCCUGUGAGUAUGGCAUGGUGCACGUGGUCUCUGAGACAGGGGGCCCCAAAGGCAAAGACUACUGCAUUCUCUACAACCCACAGUGGGCCCACCUGCCACAUGACCUUGGCAAAGCGUCUCUCCUGCAGGUGCGGGACUGGACGGCCUCCGUGCUCUGCUCUCCACCCGACCUCCCCGCCAAAGGCUUCAGCAACCAGAUCCCGCUGGUGGCGCGGGGAAACUGCACCUUCUAUGAGAAAGUGCGGCUGGCGCAGGGCGGCGGGGCCCGCGGGCUGCUCAUUGUCAGCAAGGAGACGCUGGUGCCCCCAGGAGGCAACAAGACACAGUAUGACGAGAUUGGGAUUCCCGUGGCCCUGCUCAGCCACAAAGACAUGCUGGACAUCUUCAAGAGUUUUGGCCGAGCAGCGAGGGCAGCGCUCUACGCCCCCGGCGAGCCCAUGCUGGACUACAACAUGGUCAUCAUCUUCAUCAUGGCCGUUGGCACUGUCGCCCUCGGGGGCUACUGGGCCGGGAGCCGGGACGUGAAGAAAAGGUACGUGAAACACAAGCGGGACGGCGGGCCCGAGAGGCGGGAGGACGAGGCUGUGGACGUGAGCCCCGCCAUGGUCUGCGUCUUCGUGGUCAUGUGCUGCUCCAUGCUGGUGCUGCUCUACCACUUCUACGACCAGCUUGUCUAUGUGAUCAUCGCCAUCUUCUGCCUGUCCUCCUCCACGGGCCUGUACAGCUGUCUGUCACCAUUGGUCCAGAGGCUGCCAUUUGGCAGUUGCAGGGUCCCCGACAACAGCCUGCCCUACUUCCGCAAGCGCCCUCGGGUCAGCAUGCUGCUCCUCGCACUGCUCUGCCUGGCCGUCAGCGUGGUGUGGGGAAUCUUCCGGAACGAGGACCAGUGGGCCUGGAUCCUUCAGGAUGCGCUGGGCGUCGCCUUCUGCCUCUACAUGUUGAAGACCAUCCGCCUCCCCACUUUUAAGGCCUGCACGCUGCUGCUGCUGGUGCUGUUCGUCUAUGACGUCUUCUUUGUGUUCAUCACGCCCUUCCUGACCAAGAGCGGGAACAGCAUCAUGGUGGAGGUGGCGACCGGGCCCUCGGACUCGGCCACCCACGAGAAGCUCCCCAUGGUCCUGAAGGUGCCCAGACUGAACGCUUCGCCGCUCGCCCUGUGUGACCGGCCCUUCUCCCUGCUGGGCUUCGGGGACAUCCUGGUGCCAGGGUUGCUCGUGGCAUACUGCCACAGGUUCGACAUCCAGGUGCAGUCGUCCAGGGUCUACUUCGUGGCCUGCACUGUGGCCUACGGCAUCGGCCUCCUGGUGACGUUCAUGGCGCUGGCCCUGAUGCAGCGUGGCCAGCCCGCUCUCCUCUACCUGGUGCCCUGCACGCUGAUGACAAGCUGCGCCCUGGCGCUCUGGCGCAGGGAGCUGGGCAUGUUCUGGACGGGCAGCGGCUUUGCGGUGAAUACCAGUUUGCUAUGACUGUCUGCGAGCAGUAAUAACCCAAUAAGCUCUAACUAGAAUUACAGUUGAGUAAAACCUCCCGGUUUCACGACUAAACCCCACAGCCUAUGUCCCGUGGUCAGUGUUUCCCUGUGCCC